CGGGGUGAGGGACGGAAGGAAUACGUCAUCUCGCUGCGACGCGAUUGGACUGGAGAGUGAGUUUUAUGGCGUGCAGUUCUUCCGCUGAUUUUGCCAAACCCAGUGCCAUGGCUCCGGACUCGGGGCUCCCCGUGGCUGAUCCACUUUUGAAGUUGCUACCCCCGGACUCCAGGGACUGGGGGACGCAGCGUUGCCGCCUGGGUCCUUCUGCCCUCCGCGCCCUGAGGGUCCGUCUGGGCGCCACACUUAGAGUCACUCUGCCGGACGGCGGCUCUUGCAUCUGCACCGCCUGGCCCCGGCGCGACUUGUCAGACGGUUUUGUGCAGCUUGACCCGGCGUGCGCGAGCCCCGGCGCGGCCACGGGGCCGUGGGGUCCAGACCGAAGCAUCCGGUUGAGCAGUCUCCGCGCGGUGCCUUGCCCACCGCUACGUAGCGUCACCGUGUGGCCGGUACUGCGAGAACCGCAGGUUCCGGGCGGGGCCCCGAGCCGGGCUUUGGUGCUGGAGGCAGCGCAGGAGCUGCUGCGGAACCGACCUAUCGGGCCGGGCUCAGUCCUGACGGCGCCCCCGGGCGCCGUCGGCCCGGUGGCCGCGGUGCACGUGCUCGGCGGCGACCCCAGCCCGGAGCCCGCUGGGCUGGUCACGCGGCGCACCCGCGUCGAACUGGGCGAGCCGCCGGUGCCCUCGGCCCCGGAGCUGCCCGCGGAGGCGACCUUGGGCGGUCUGGCCGAGGCGGCUGCUGCGCUGCGGGAGCUCCUGAGUCUACCUCACCUGCACCCCCGCGCCCUGGCGGCGCUCGGCAUCUCCGUUCCCCGCGGGCUCCUGCUCGUCGGGCCGCCCGGCGUGGGCAAGACGCAGCUGGUGAGAGCUGUGGCCCGGGAGGCGCGGGCCCGUCUGCUGGCUGUGAGUGGCCCAGAGUUGCAAGGCGCGCGGCCCGGAGAGACCGAGGAGAACGUGCGCCGGGUGUUCGCGCGGGCACGGGAACUCUCCCGCAGAGGACCCGCGCUUCUCUUCAUCGACGAGCUAGACGCGCUGUGUCCCCGGCGGGGCGGCUCGCGCGGAGCCCCCGAGAGUAGAGCCGUGGCCCAAGUGCUCACGCUGAUGGACGGCGUGGGCAGCGAGCGUCGUGUGCUCCUGGUGGCUGCCACCAAUCGGCCCGACGCACUGGACCCGGCGCUGCGCAGGCCUGGACGCCUGGACCGCGAGAUCAUCAUUGGGACACCCACACUUAAGCAGAGGAAGGAUAUUCUGCAAGUAAUAACUUCAAAGAUGCCUAUCUCCAGUAAUGUGGAUAUACUUCACUUGGCAGAAAUGACAACUGGUUACGUUGGAGCUGAUCUGACCGCACUCUGCCGAGAGGCUGCCAUGCAGGCAAUGCAUCACACUGGUAAGAAUUCUGAAAAUCCUGUGAUUGAUGCAGCAGAUUUCUUUGAAGCCUUCAAAAAGAUUCAGCCUUCUUCCAUUCGAAGUUUCAUUGGACUGAUUGAUGUUAAGCCUGUUAGCUGGGAACAGAUCGGUGGCCUUGAAGAUGUGAAGUUAAAAUUAAAGCAGAGUGUUGAAUGGCCUUUGAAAUUCCCUAGGGAAUUUGCUAGGAUGGGCCUGAGUCCACCUAAAGGAAUUCUCCUUUAUGGACCCCCAGGAUGUGCUAAAACCACACUAGUGAAGGCUGUGGCCACAAGCUGUCAUUGCUCUUUUGCAUCUGUAAGUGCAGCUGACCUCUUCUCACCUUUUGUUGGCGAUUCAGAAAAAGUCUUGGCUCAGGUUUUUCGACAAGCAAGAGCUAAUACUCCAGCAAUUGUAUUUUUGGAUGAAAUUGAUUCAAUCUUGGGAUCUCGUUCCAUCAACAAAACUGAAAAUGGUAUUCAGGAGAGAGUUCUUUCUGUCCUCCUCAAUGAAUUGGAUGGUGUUGGAUUCAAGACAGUAGAAAGAAGAGGAAAUAAAUUGAGGUUACAAGAUAACUGUGAAGAACGGAGAGAAAAUGAGGAGCUAGAGUUUCAAGAGGUUUUUAAUCAAAAUGUUAUGAUAAUUGCUGCAACAAACCGACCAGAUGUAUUAGAUGAUGCCUUAUUACGACCUGGAAGACUAGACAAGCUUAUUUAUAUUCCACCUCCAGAUCAGAAGGACAGACAUUGUAUUUUGAAAAUCUGCACUAAAAAUAAACCUCUAGGUCCUGAUGUGUCUUUAGAAAGCUUAGCAACAAAAACCUGUUUUUUCUCUGGAGCUGAUCUUGAAAAUCUCUGCAAGGAAGCUGCCUUAUUGGCUCUAGAAGAAAAUGGACUAGAAGCAACCACAGUGAAUCAAGCGCACUUUCUGAAAUCACUGAAGACUAUAAAACCAUCCUUAUGCCAUCAAGAUUUGACUCUUUAUGAAGGAUUUCAAAAGCAAGAACUCUCUGCUUUAGAGACUCUUUAGAUUACUUUUAUAGUUUUGUCCAUGAAUAAACUGAAAUGUGUGGGGUUUUCCCCACAUUUCAGGUGGCUAUGUUCUGUGUAUGGGUUUGGAGAGAAUGGGGACUUGGGUCAGGGAUCACCAACUACAUCUAUGGAGGGCUCUUAGUGAAGUUAAUCUGGUUCCAAUGGUUAGUCCCUUCUCCCCACCACUCGCUGCUGAAUUAGCCCCUAGUGUAGGAAAGGAGGGAAUGGGCCCAGGGUCAGUCACCAGCCAUGUGUUCUUCACGUGGGCAGCUCGCUCACCCUCAGUGGACCCCUGUUCCUCAUUUCUGCCAUCUGGGGGGCUGAGCUGCAUGACUGGACUCCCGUCCAGUUCCCUCGGACCUCUACCUGGUGUCACACGGCACAAUCAUGUCGGCUACUUCCUGCAGCAGCUAAGCUUGGAUGAUCCCAUUUUGGAGGCCAGAAAAGCUUUUAGAAGGAGCAAAGCCCACCUACUCCCUUCAGUCUUGAGGUUAAGAAGAAAGGGAUGACAACUGGAAUCCUGUUGGGAUUCAGUGAAAAUAUUUGGAGUAAAUUAGUCAAUACCCAGGCUCCUGUGGUUUCCCUGAGAAGGCUGGACUGGAGUAAAUAAAAUCCUAUUGACAAAUAUAGGGGGUGGAGCCAAGAUGGUGGAGAAGAGCCAGGUUUUGGAGUGACAGAACCCACAAACAUUUAUAGUGUAAUGUUUCCAGCAGAAGAUAACUUGGAAGGACUUCAGGAAAGGUCUGUUUCAAUCAGACAGUAGUAAGGGGAAAGUUGCAGCUCAGUAUAGUGUUUGCUGCUCUCCUGGUUCAAAAGCCAGGGGAUCCGCAGACUAGCUGUGAGACUUCCAAUGCAGCUACAGAAGGCAAAUAGUGAGCCACUGGCCCCAAGCGCAUCGGCUGUAGAGGAAGUAGAAGCAGACUUCAGCCUUUAAAAAUGAGCAAAAGAAGCUCUGACCAUAGGUAGCUUUUAUGGCGACAGUGAAGGACAGACCUCAAAUCCUGAGGACAUUUAACGACAAAACAUCUCCAGAUGAAGCCCCAAAGGGUGA